AUGUUUCUACUUAAAGAUCUUAAAAUGGUCCGUAUCUUGGGUGAAGGUUCCUUUGGCAAGGUCUUUCUAGUCUCUUUUGAAGGUCUCAGCCAGGUUAAUAUGAAAAAGCUAUAUGCUCUAAAAGUCAUGAGUAAGGCCCAAAUAAUUCAGCGCAAUCAACUAUCCCAUAUCUAUAAUGAAAAAGCAGUCAUGCUUUCCAUGUGCUCUCCUUUCUUUGUGCGACUUUACAGUACUUUCCAGGAUGAAAGAUACCUCUACAUGGUUAUGGAGUAUGUUCCCGGUGGUGAACUGUUCAACUACAUGAAAGAUAUUGUGAAGUUUAGUAUUGCUCAGGCUCGGUUUUACAUUGCGGAGAUUUUAGUGGCUCUAGAUGCUCUUCAUGAUCUAGGAAUUGUUUAUCGCGAUUUAAAACCAGAGAAUGUUCUUUUGGACCAUACUGGCCAUAUUAAGCUGGCCGAUUUUGGGUUUUCCAAACGCUUAUUUGAUCCAGUUACAUGGACUCUAUGUGGCACUCCAGAGUAUUUAGCUCCAGAAAUCAUCAUGAAUAUCGGCCAUGGCUUUGAAGUUGAUUUUUGGUCCUUAGGCGUGAUUCUUUACGAAAUGGUAGUUGGUAUUCCUCCUUUCUAUCAUGAGAACCAAAUAGAACUCUGCCGCCAGAUUAUUCAUGGUAAAAUCGGAUUCCCACCCUAUGUUGAUGCAGUUACACGCGAUCUAAUUCGAAAGUUACUCACUACCGAUCGCAAGAAGCGCAUUGGCUACAAGAAAGGCGCCAAAAUGAUCUGCAAACAUGCCUUCUUUCGAGACAUCAACUGGACCAGCAUGCAAAUGCGUGUAUAUACGCCCCCAAUUAUCCCACAGAAACAAAACGAAGAAUUCGAUCGGUCCGCGCCCUGCUACUCAAUUCGCACACACAUACAAACGCAAAUGCCAAUAGAACCCUUUGUCCAUGGUCAGUACUUCGACCAGUACUAA